UCAACGGAGGCGGCCCGAGUGAACCCACAGGACCCUGACAUGCCUCUUCCCUCUUGCUCCCCCCAGGGAUCUACAAAGGGCACUGCUUCCGGAUCAACCACUUCCCAGAAGACAACGAUUAUGACCACGACAGUUCAGAGUAUCUCCUCCGCAUCGUGAGGGCCUCCAGCGUCUUCCCCAUCCUCAGCACCAUCCUGCUCCUGCUGGGUGGGCUCUGCAUCGCCGCCGGCAGGUUCUACAGCCGCAGGAACAACAUCGUCCUCAGUGCCGGCAUCCUCUUUGUGGCCGCAGGCCUCAGCAACAUCAUCGGCAUCAUCGUCUACAUCUCCAGCAACACGGGCGACCCGGGAGACAAGCGCGACGAGGACAAGAAAAGCCACUACAACUACGGCUGGUCCUUUUACUUCGGAGCCCUGUCCUUCAUCGUGGCCGAGACCGUGGGCGUCCUGGCCGUCAACAUUUACAUCGAGAAAAACAAAGAGCUGAGGUUUAAGACCAGACGGGAGUUCCUCAAGGCGCCCUCCUCGUCCUCCCCCUACGCCAGGAUGCCCAGCUACAGGUACCGGCGACGGCGCUCCCGGUCCAGCUCCAGGUCCACCGAGGCCUCGCCCUCCAGGGAUGCGUCCCCCGUGGGCCUCAAGAUCACGGGGGCCAUCCCCAUGGGCGAGCUGUCCAUGUACACGUUGUCCAGGGAGCCCCUCAAAGUCACCACGGCUGCCAGCUACAGCCCCGACCAGGAGGCCAGCUUCCUGCAGGUGCAUGACUUCUUCCAGCAGGACCUGAAGGAAGGCUUGCACGUCAGCAUGCUGAACCGGCGGACCACCCCCGUGUGAGGCCCCCUCCUCCUUCCUCCCAGCACCGGCCUCUUCCCGGACUGCCCGUGCCCCCCACACCGGGGUGGCCAACCCUUCCGUGGACCGAAGCCAAACCCAGUCUGCCCUGGGCUCCUGAAUGUGGUGUGGGCUGGCUUUUGGAUUGAGAGCUGACUUUAUCCCCUC